AACUAAAUAACCCUAAAUUUCAUAAUCCAAGUCUCUUGCCACCACCAUCUUCCAUCUCUAAUCGCCACCAUCGCGUUUUUUGUCUGUCACCGCCACGUUUUACAAACCCUAGAUAUCAACACAGAUUCAGCAUUUGUUUGAAGGUUUAAAUCGAACAAUUGAUAUGAUGCUAAUAUAUAGAAGAAAUAUAUAUUUCUUGUCCUAUGUUGAGUUAUCAAUUGCUGCAGGUUUGUUUAGGAUCAUUAAAAACAAACUUUAAUCCAUCAAUUCUUGAUCAAUCUGAUGUGUAAGUCAAGCAAACUGAUAAAAGGGAAUGUGUAACGGCGACCCACCAGAUCCGGGGAUAGAGGGACGCAUAUGGUAUCAGACGAGACGAGACGGUGAUGAUUCUGACCAAGAAUCAUAUGGUGGUACAAGGUGAUGGCGUUUUAGGUGAUGAAAUUUCAGAUGUCUUUGCAACAAACUCAAAUGGACAGGUUCUAUUUUAUGCGGUCAUCAAUUCGAAAUCUAGCCAGGAGGAUGUGUUUCAGUUGGUUGGUAUUUCCAUGGUUAAGUGUGAAAUGGUAGCUUACAACACUUCUAUGGUGGCUUAUGCACAGGUUUAUUGGUUCCUUUUAAUGAUCAUAUGUCUUUUGAUUAGGGAGCGUGUUAAGUGGAGGAGGAAGUACCCCAUCUAAACAUGCAACCCCAAAGACAUGGGUCAACAUGGUCAACGAUUUCCAAAAUGGCGCAUUAUCUACACGUUUAGGGAUACCUUAUAUUGAUGGGAUUGAUGCUGUUCAUGGACAUAGUGCUGCCUAUGGAGCAACAAUCUUUCUUCAUAAUUCUGGUCUUGGAGUUACCAGAGAUCCUUUACUAAUUAAGAAGAUUGGGGCUGCUACAGCACUUGAAGUUAGAGCAAAUGGCAUACAAUAUACUUUUGCACCUUGUAUUGCAGUUUGUGGAGAUCCGAGAUGGGGUCGUUGUUACGAAAGCUACAGCGAAGAUCCUGAAAUUGUAAGAUUAAUGACUAAAAUCAUAUCAAGUUUACAAGGAGAGAUCACUGAUGAUUCCGAAAAGGGUGCCCGUUUUGUUAGUGGACAACAAAAAAUUGCAGCCUGUGCUAAGCACUAUGUAGGUGAUGGAGAAACUCAUCUAGGAGAAAAUACCGGCAACACGAUGAUAAGCAGUAAAAAAAUGUUCGGUAUACACAUGCCAGCAUACAAUGAUUCAGUCAUUAAAGGAGUGGCUACCAUUAUGACUUCAUAUUCUAGCUGGAGCGGGGUUAAAAUGCACGCUAACCGUAAGCUUGUUACUGGCUACCUCAAAAACAAACUCAAAUUCAAAGGAUUUGUGAUAUCAGAUUGGCAAGGCAUUGACUCGAUCACUGAUCCUCCACAUGCUAAUUACAUAUAUUCCAUAUUAGCUGGAAUUAACGCUGGCAUUGACAUGGUCAUGGUCCCAUUAAACUACACAGAGUUUAUUGAUGAGGAAAAGGAAAGCCAAGCGAUCAAGCACCCCCGCCCCAAAAGCGGAGACCGGAGAACUGCCAGGUUGUCGAGGAAUAAAAAUAGUCCUACUCUCAAGGGUAUCAUAAGGCUUCAAGCUUUAGUUCGUGGCCACUUGGUUAGUAGACAGGCUGUUGUUACUUUGAGAUGCAUGCGUGCAAUUAUUGAGUUCCAAGCGUUGACCCGUGGCCGUAUGGUCAGACUUACUAAUGGUCAACUGCUUAAAAACAGACUUCAACAGCAUUUGUGGUCAAAAUUGUUUUGUUUGUUUUGGGUCACACUUCUGAAAUAUGGAACUACAUUGGGCAUGAGGAUUUCGUUGGCUUGUCAAAAAAAAGGAAGAUAACUUUGCUUCAAGAAGUGGGCCAAGUUCUGGAUGCAAAGAUUGACUAGAAGGCAUUGGUCAAACAAAAGCAAGGGAAUACUAUAUGUUGUGACACCAUUUGGACAACGACGGCAAACGUACUAAUAAAACCACAAAUGUAGUUUAUAAAGAAGUAUUUAGGAAUUUGUGAUUUUCAUGUACUCACUUAUCAAUAAUUUUUUAUUUCAGUAUCAUUUUUACACGUUUAAAUUGAAAAGUGAUUUCAUAACAAA